AUGUCUCGCCACACGCAGGUGACGGUUGGCAAUCCACCGCAGGACUUCGAGGUGAUCUUCGACACAGGCAGUGGAAACCUCAUCAUCCCGGGAGUCAAUUGCACCGUUUCUGCUUGCACGCAGCACCGGAGGUUUGAUGACUCCCGCAGUUCGACGAGCCGUGCGCAUCACUGCGAUGGCGGCGAGGUCGCGGCGGAUCAAGUUCCCAACGACCUCGUGGUCACCUUUGGCACGGGCGAGGUGCGUGGACACUGCUUCAAAGACCGUGUCUGCCUCGGACAGAAGAUGUGCGCACCGGCCAAGUUCAUCUCAUCCUUCGAGGAGAGCAACGACCCCUUCGAGUGGGUCACCUUCGACGGCAUCCUCGGCCUUGGAUUGGAUACCCUGGCGCAAGCACGGGAGUUCAGCAUCAUGCAGCGGCUCGAACAUCGGAGGAGCCUCAAAGCCCCGCUCUUCGCCUUCUUCUUCGCUCGUGCCAAGGAUGAAAAGUCGGAAAUCACAUUCGGUGACAUCCAGCAGGACAAGCUGGGCUCCAAGAUGUAUUGGUUCAAGGUCAGCGGCAAGGCUGGCUAUUGGCAGGUGGAGAUUCAGGACAUCUUCCUUGACGGCGAGGCCCAGAACAUCUGCAGAGGCUGCCAUGUGGCCAUCGACACCGGCUCCUCCGAAAUCGCGGGGCCCCAGCAUGUGAUCGACCACCUCUCUGACAAGCUCCAGAUCAAGAGCUGCCAACAGAGGGCCAAGCUUCCAAAGCUUGGCUUCGCCAUCAAGGAGCAUGGCGGCAAGACGAAGCUUCUGUCCCUUUCUCCAGAGCAUUACACCCACGAGCAGCGGCUUGCCUGGGAAGCUCAAGGGUCCAGCGGCCUCCUGAUGAGAGUGGCCUCCAAGUGA